GUUGUUGUUGUCUUUGUUUAUAUCUUUCGAUUAAUUUUCAAAAAAACAAUGUUGUUUCAGAAUGUUAUCAAACAUUGUAGACACUACACUGCUCCAGUCAGUGCUAUAUGCAAACCGUCUGAUGUUUUCACCAACUUAAGCAACGAGUUUCCAUAUUAUUUACCAAAAAUUAUUAAAACAUCUCUAACCAAGAAGAAAUAUGAAGAUAAUAUAGAGAUCAAGGAACGAAUUAAGAAUCUAUCUGAGUAUCACACUCUUGCCAGGGAACCGAUACAGGGCAAACUUACAUUUCUUGCUUUCGAUGCGCUUGCGGAAUCUAAAGAUUUGACAGAGGAGAAAUUACAUCAAGUGCAAGUUUUAGCAUGGGCUGUUGAAUUGGUACAAUCAUAUUUUAUUAUAGGAGAUGACAUGGAAGAUAAUUCUGAGACCCGUUGUGGUAAACCAACGUGGCAUUUAUUACCAGAUGUCGGAUUGUUAGCCAUAAACGACGCCAGCAUGCUGCGUAGUUUUAUUUACGAAAUGCUCAAAAAUAACUUUGAUCAGAACACAUCAACGAAGGUGGAAAAUUAUGUCAAUGAGGCAUUCUUAACAAUAAAUAUCGGCCAAUACAUGGAUAUUAUGAUGUCAAAAUCGAAAGAUUUUAACAAGUUUACUGUGGAACAAUACAACUUUUUAAACGAUCACAAAUCAUCAUUUUACACCGUAAAAUUGCCGAUACUUCUGGCGUUAGAACUUUGCAACAAAGUUAGUCAAGACUCGUACGAGAAUGUGAAUAAAAUUUGCACGGACUUAGGUAUACUUUUACAAAUGCAGAACGAUGUAAUGGACUAUAUUGACCGAGACUCGGCGCCAGUUAAAACCAGCUCGGAUAUUCAGAAGAAAAAGUGCUCUUGGCCUGCGGUGACGGCUUUACAACAUUUCAAUGAAGAACAACGAAGAGAAUUCAUGAACUGUUAUGGACGAUGGGAAAGCGAGAAAGUUGAACGUGUUAGGGAGUUGUACAAAGAAAUAAACUUACCACAUCUUUAUCGUCUAGAAGAACAGAGGAUUAAUAAAACAGUUUUAGAGAAGAUAAAAAAAUUACCCGAUAAUGCGACACCCUCUGCUGAUUUCUUUUACAAGAUCUUUGAUUUUAUACAUCAAUAUACAGAAGAUAUUUCGCCGUCGAUAUUAAAAUCGAAUGUUUCAAUGAGCGCUAUUUAA